CCCGGCGCCCUCUCUGAGCUCUCCAGGGCCCGGGGAUCCCAGACUUCGCCUACAGCGGGUAGGGCCGGAGCCGCUUCGCGCCGCGCCGUUCCUCGGUGAAACCCGCCAGCGCCUGCGGACGGACCCCAGAGGGUCCGGCGGAAGGUCGGUUUCCGGGGGCCGGGACGAGAGGACUAGGACGCCGCUCGCUCCUGCAGCUCCCGAAGCCGGCUUCGCGGGGCCGGCGGCGGCUGGGUAGGGACCGACCGCCACGAAGCUACUGCCACGUCAGGGCAACUUCACAAAUCCCGGACGAGGGCGGGUGACGCAAGCAGGGCGGCCGCGACGGGGCUGGGCCUGCGGCUACCGGAGGAGGCUGACCUCCAGCCCGGGCGCCGGGUUCAGCGACGCCCCGGCCGGCGCCGGUGCCUGCCAGGCACUCAGGGAGGCGGGGGCGCAGCGGAGGAGGCGGCGCCAUCGCGAAGCCAGCGCCUCGCCAGCACUCAACCUUGCUACCCGCCCGCAGUCCGGGCUGGACUGGGCGGCAUUUGCCAAGGCUCCUCGGCCAGGCCCCGUCCGCCCGAGCCGCGCUGAGACCUGGGCAGCGGCCGCGUGGAGAGGAGGUGGCAGCUGCCCGGGAGGCCGGAGCCAGGCCAGCGACCCGCCAUGGAGACCCGCUACAACCUGAAGAGUCCGGCUGUUAAGCGUUUAAUGAAAGAAGCGGCAGAAUUGAAAGAUCCAACAGAUCAUUACCAUGCGCAACCUUUAGAGGAUAACCUUUUUGAAUGGCACUUCACGGUUAGAGGGCCUCCAGACUCCGAUUUUGAUGGAGGAGUUUAUCAUGGGCGGAUAGUAUUGCCACCAGAGUAUCCCAUGAAACCACCAAGCAUUAUUCUCCUAACGGCUAAUGGACGAUUUGAAGUGGGCAAGAAAAUUUGUUUGAGCAUCUCAGGACAUCAUCCUGAAACUUGGCAGCCUUCGUGGAGUAUAAGGACAGCAUUAUUAGCCAUCAUUGGGUUUAUGCCAACAAAAGGAGAGGGAGCCAUAGGUUCUCUAGAUUACACUCCUGAGGAAAGAAGAGCACUUGCCAAAAAAUCACAAGAUUUCUGUUGUGAAGGAUGUGGCUCUGCCAUGAAGGAUGUCCUGUUGCCUUUAAAAUCUGGAAGCGAUUUGAGCCAAGCUGACCAAGAAGCCAAAGAACUGGCUAGGCAAAUCAGUUUUAAGUAUGGAGUCCAGAAUUCCUCGGCAGCAUCCUUUCAUCAACCUACCCAACCUGUAGUUAAGAAUACCUCCAUGAGCCCUCGACAGCGCCGGGCCCAGCAGCAGAGUCAGAGAAGGUCUUCUACUUCACCAGAUGGAAUCCAGGGCCGCCAGCCAAGAGACACCCACACUGAUCAUGGCGGAUCAGCUGUACUGAUUGUCAUACUGACUUUGGCAUUGGCAGCUCUUAUAUUCCGACGAAUAUAUCUGGCCAAUGAAUACAUAUUUGACUUUGAGUUAUAAUAUUGUUUUGUGACUUAAGAGCUGUGACUCAACUGCUUCAUUAAACAUUCUUCAUUGGGUAUAAUCUAAGAAUUGUUUACAAAAAAGUUAUUUUGUAUUUACCCUUCAUUCCUUUUUUGAUCCUUAUAAGUUUAGUAUAAAUAUAUCUAGACAUUCAUACUAUGUCUAGCAGUUAUGUCCUGCUUAAAGGGACCGGAAGUCAAAGUUCCUUGUCUCGCUAUCCGAUCUGCUUUGCAGGGAAAUAACUUGUUUUUUCUCAUGCUUCACCUUCUUUUUAUGUAAAUUUGUAAUACUUUCCUAUAUAGCUCUUUGAAACUUUUGGAUGAAAGAUGAUGUUUUAAGUUCCAGUGAGUAUUACUAGUUACUCAAUACCACUUAUUGAGUACACUGUUUCUACGUAUGUAGAAUGUAUAGGGAUAGAAGAGGUAAAAAGGGAAAGCAAAACUCAAGUCGCUUCCUUAAAAUGUCAUUUAUAGGAGAUGUUUAUAGGGAUUGCUCAUUCUGUGACUUUAUUUGUGUCCUAAACAUUCUUCAGUGAAAAUCAUUUUAUUUCAGUCAAAAUUUAUGAGGAAAUGAGAUCACAUCUUUGUCACUGGAUACUACUUGAAGAGGGAGUACUUUGUAACCACUUUGAUAUGCUGUUAUCAUCACUGCUCCCUGCCCCCUGCUGCCAUACCCACAAGUUUAAAAAGAAAUAAAACAGUCUUCCAUAGAUUUUUGUUUUAAGGAAGAAAGGGCCCAAGCCAGGAGAUGCUUGAUUUUCUUCCAGAAGUUAAAUGGGGGGAUCUUAAGAUUUGAAUGUUUGCUCUGCUUUGAAAUGUAUGUCUUUGGGGAUGUAUUAUAUGCCUAGCUUUAUAAUCAGUAUAAAUUUUAAUUAUUCCAGGAAUAUGCAUAAUAUUGAAAUAUUUCGUGUACUAUUUUAAUAGAAAACCUCAGGGCCCAAGUAACUGAUAGAAGUUAGAAAAACCUUUACUUAGAAUUGUCCACCUAGUCAGAGCCCAGGAAGGAAUUUUCAGUGGAAAAAUCAAUAUAUAACUUAGUUCUAGCUAGCUCCACAAGUAGAUAAUAUUAUCAUCACAAUGGCUGGUGAGACCAUAUAAUCACAGAAAAACGUUGCCUUCAGCAUGUUCGGUUCGCAGCACUGAGGGCACUCUUGAGGGUGUUGUUAAUGAAGACUUAAUUUUUAAAUACAGGUAGUUCCAAGCUUUCAAAUAGGUUAUGCUCCAAAAGUGUUAUUUGUAAGUUAAGUUUUUUACAAGUCAGACAAUAUUGGAAAUGGUAUUUAGGUUCUAGAUCAGUCCACGAAAGUUAGCCCAUAUGUAUAUCUUGAAUAGUAUAGGGGAGGGUAUUCAUAAAGUCCUUAUGUGGUUUUAACUAAGUGAAAUUAUGGACAAGAGAAAUAAUUUAAAAAAUCAUUUUAAAGGCAAAUUUAAUUUUUACUCCUGUUUAUGGAACUUUCGUUCUAUUAACUGUCAGACACAAUUUCUGUUUUCAUCUGAGAGACAACUUUCCUUUAUUUCUACAUCUAAACUAAGAACAUAUUGUAUACUAUUAUAUAAUACAGAAUUGUCUUAAACUUUAAAUUUUCGUUUUAAAAGUGUUUACAUAUUAUUUUUUAUAUCUGUAGCUGAAUUUGUUAAAGUCUAAAAAGCUCAAGGACUUUAUGAAGAUCUCAUUAUAUGAGGAAAAUCAUAGGUUACCAUUUUAUAACUUUAUUGCUGUAAGAAAAUACAUUCUCAAGUCUUGAUUUGAAACAUAUUAGAAACCUUGGUUCAGUGCUCAGUGGUCUCCUAGCAAGAAGUCACCGACCCAGCUGGGAAAACCAGGUAGCGUCAUAGGAGGAGAAAGAAAUCCCCACCACCUCAACCCCUGCUGAGAUUGUGUGCUAGGAACAGUCUUCCCUCCAUUUCCCCUCAGUCAAACUUGAGCCAGCCUCUGGAUCGAUGUGAUCUUGUUGCACGUUUCCAUGGGGUGUACCUAUACUUUAAGCCAAUCCUGCUGCAUUCUCUGCUGAGUUAAAUAAAAAGCCAAGAAGAUUUUGCAUCAUGCAGAUCCUUUGCUAUCUGACUUGCAUCUCUUCCCUCACCUGUCAGCUAACCACCUGCUUGUUUGUGUUGGGAUAUUUUUUAGCACCUGAAGCACCAUCUGAAAGGGGCACCAUUUUCUUCUUCCCUUUUACCUCACAUAUACUACCUAAAAACUCUUAAAAAGUUGUCAAUUAGACCCCCAGCGUGAGGUUAAUGAGCAAAAUUGGUCUUUGGGGCCCUUUUUGUCCAAGCCCCACUGAAAAGCCUCUUCAUAAAACUAUUAUCUUUAAAGUCCUACUUUAACUCCUUAAUUCCAGCAUACAGCUAAAACUGGAUGUAUAUUCUGAUAAGUAAAGGCUGAGGACUCCUUUCUUUAAUCCUCAGAUCUAGAUAACUCAUGACAUUUUCUUUGACCAACAUAGCACAUGAUGAGAUAUCAAGGUAAUUAAACUAGCAUGCUUGAAAAAAAUACGUAAUCUGUUUCACCUGUAACUGUUUAAGCCAAUGAACUUUUCAAAAUUUAUGUAAUAUGGGACUUUUAUGUAGCACUUUAUGUUUUCAUGCUGCUUCUUGUUUUAUUCUACUGAAAUAAAUGAAUUUCAAGAUUCUCAACUUUAAUUUCAAA